CUACACUCCAGAGUCUCCACUUCCUCGACCAGCGGCCGCGCCGGCAGCAGCUCGCGGUGCCCCUCCCUCCUACCCAGCGCUCGCAGAUCGGCGCCGACGCCGCGGCCGCCGGGCGGAGCGCCAUGGCCACGAAGCACCCCCACGGGGACGCUGAUCCGUCCACUUCGCCUCCGCCGCCGCCGAGCCGCCGCCCGCGCGGCUUCGCCUCCGCCUCCACCCCCGCGGCGCCUCCUCCCCCGGGGCGGCGGCGCGGCGAGCGGGAGAGGGAGCGGGAGAAGGAGCGGACGAAGCUGCGGGAGCGGCAACGGCGCGCCAUCACCAGCCGCAUGCUGGCCGGGCUGCGGCAGCACGGCAACUUCCCCCUCCCCGCCCGCGCCGACAUGAACGACGUUCUCGCCGCGCUCGCCCGCGCCGCCGGGUGGACCGUCCACCCCGACGGCACCACCUUCCUCUCCUCUCCCCAGCCCUCUCUCCCUCCCCCUGCCCAAUUCGUACGUGCGCCCUCUCCAGUGUCUUAUUGCCCUUACUUACCUAGACUAGAGAUAGAUGUUCGGAUUUUGCUUGCUGGAGCUCUCCACUUUUCGUAUGAUAAUGUUAUCCCUUGCUCAAUUGAAAACGUUGUGAAUGAAAAAUGUAUUGAUUUUGCAAGAAAUGAUUCGUAUUUGCAGCAGGGUGCUUUCCAGGCUACUUCUCUGGAAACCCCAGUUUUUACCAACUCUCUGAACAGCUACGCCAUUGGGACGCCAAUAGAUUCCCAGGCUUCAGCCCUACAAACAGAUGAUAGCCUGUCACCGUCGUCAUUGGAUUCAGUGGUGGUGGCAGAGCAAAGCAUAAAGAAUGAGAGCUAUGGGAAUUCAAGUUCAGCCAAUUCUUUGAAUUGUAUGGGAAGUGAUCAGCUGUUGAGAGCAUCAGCAGUAUGGGCGGGUGAUUUCACGAAAACUCCAUAUAUACCAGUGUACGCCUCUUUGUCUAUGGGCAUUAUCAAUUGUUAUUGCCAAUUGGUUGAUCCUGAGGCUGUACGCGCUGAACUAAGGCAUCUGAAGUCUUUGAAUGUUGAUGGAGUUGUUGUAGACUGUUGGUGGGGGAUUGUGGAAGCCUGGACUCCUCAAAAGUAUGAAUGGUCUGGCUACAGGGACCUUUUUGGUAUUAUUAAAGAGUUCAAGCUAAAAGUUCAGGUUGUAUUGUCAUUUCAUGGGUCUGGGGAGUGUGGAUCUGGUGGUGUGUUAAUUGCUCUCCCUAGGUGGGUAAUUGAAAUUGCACAAGAGAACCAAGAUAUAUUUUUCACUGAUCGAGAAGGUAGGAGGAAUACAGAAUGCCUUUCCUGGGGAAUUGACAAAGAGCGAGUCCUUCGAGGGAGAACUGGCAUUGAGGUUUAUUUUGAUUUCAUGAGGAGCUUUCAUAUGGAAUUCAGAAGCUUAUCUGAAGAGGGUCUUAUUUCUGCUAUUGAGGUUGGAUUGGGUGCUUCUGGAGAGCUAAGAUACCCUUCGUGUCCAGAAAAAAUGGGCUGGAGAUAUCCUGGUAUUGGCGAGUUUCAGUGUUAUGACAGGUAUAUGCAAAAGAACCUACGGCAAUCAGCCUUGACACGGGGGCAUUUGUUUUGGGCCCGUGGGCCUGAUAAUGCUGGCUACUAUAAUUCAAGGUCACAUGAGACUGGCUUUUUUUGUGACGGAGGUGAUUAUGACAGCUACUAUGGGCGUUUCUUCCUUAAUUGGUAUUCUGGAAUCCUCAUAGAUCAUGUGGAUCAGGUGCUCUCACUUGCUACUCUUGCAUUUGAUGGAGCAGCAAUUGUGGUGAAGAUCCCCUCCAUCUAUUGGUGGUACAGAACUGCAAGCCAUGCUGCAGAGCUUACUGCAGGAUUCUACAACCCUACAAAUCGAGAUGGAUACUCUCCAGUUUUCAGAAUGCUCAAGAAGCAUUCCAUAAUUCUUAAAGUGGUUUGUUAUGGCCCAGAAUUUACAGUUCAGGAGAAUGAUGAAGCAUUUGCUGACCCAGAAGGUUUAACCUGGCAGGUUAUGAACGCAGCAUGGGAUCAUGGUCUAUCUGUAAGUGUAGAGAGUGCUCUUCCAUGUCUUGACGUGGACAUGUACUCUCGGAUCCUUGACACAGCGAAGCCGAGGAAUGAUCCUGACCGUCACCAUCUCUCAUUCUUUGCAUACCGUCAGCGAACUCCGUUCCUUUUGCAGAGAGAUGUGUGCUUCUCAGAGCUUGAGACCUUUGUAAAGUGCAUGCACGGGGAGGCUACCCAGAACUUUGUAGAUUGAACUUGCUUUGGCGACGCAUUCCCUGAUAUGCUGCAACUUGCGUUCUGCAAAUUUCUGGAUUCCCUUCGUGGCUAUCGCAAGAUUUAACUCAUAUUGCUGAUUAACGCAUUCCGGCCAUCUCCGCCUUAUGCUAAGGGUCAGCCGACCAGAUGGCACUGAAACUGUUGUGCCGGUGGUGGGCAGGGAUUAGUAUCCCUUAUCUGCGGUACAGGGCUGGUAGUUCAGCAAGUUUUUACCGCGGCGUCACCUAGCCUGGGCUGGAAGAUGGAAAGAAUGGCGAGGCAUAUAUCUAAUAGCACUGCAUUAUCAUGCUCUUAAGAUGCAAAGAAACCCUCUCCUGAUUGGGUGGUAAACCAUCUGUCUCUGAAUUCUCGAUGAUGCUUAGACUUUGUUUAACCGAAACAUCUUUCUAGAUUGUGACUGAAAUUUGAACUGUCCGAGCUGAGGUUAGGUCUGAAAUGGUCGUUAAUUUUGUUAAUUAUAUAGUUUGUGGAGCCUAAUUUUCUGGACUAACGAAGCCGAUAA